CUAUGAGAAAGUGAAAAUUACUGUAAUUUGUGAUAUUGUGUAAUUUGUAUUGUUUACUUACAUUAAUUAUUGUAUUUAAAUGAAUAAAUGGAUAUUUAAUAAAAUUUGUUUUGUAGUUUUCGAAUAGACCACUAAUUUUAUCAGUUCAUCCCCGACUGCUAAGUUUUGAUAAAAGAUGCCAGUUAUUGAAAAGUUGUAUACAGGACUCAACUGGUUAUUCUCAACCGGCGGCGCUCAACUGGCUCGUUCCAAUUCAUUUCGGUGGGGUAUAUUUCGGCGCCUACGUUUCCGCGCUUGCCCAGUUAUUUUGUUAAUUUUCGGCGCAAUUUUGUUCAUUCUUUGCUUAUUUUUGAUUUGAUCUGAUGAAAUUUAUUAACUGAACUUGAUAAUUAACAAAAACAUUUUUAACUUGGUUGGCACGGAAACGUGAGCGCCGAAUGGUGUCUAAUCGGAUUUACUUCGAUUUAUUGAGAGAUAUUUACAUAAUUUUAUCGUUUAACUUUUUCAUAGUUACAUUUUCUUUCAAGCUAGUAAUUAUUUGAAUAAUGGGACGUCGUAUUCGUGCACAGCGUAAAGGACGUGGAGGGAUUUUCAAAUCGCAUAGUAAACAUCGCAAAGGACCUGCCAAGCUUCGCCCUGUUGAUUAUUCUGAACGACAUGGCUAUAUUCGAGGAAUUAUUAAAGAUAUAAUUCAUGACCCUGGUCGUGGUGCUCCUCUUGCUGUUGUUCACUUUCGUGAUCCUUAUAAAUACCGAAUAAAGAAGGAAUUGAUGAUUGCGGCAGAAGGUUUAUAUACUGGACAAUUUAUUUAUUGUGGCAAAAAAGCCCAAGUUCAAAUUGGAAAUGUUAUGCCUAUUGGAGAAUUACCUGAAGGAACGACUGUCUGUAAUCUUGAGGAAAAGGCUGGAGACCGUGGCCGAUUAGCUAGAACUUCAGGAAACUAUGCUACUGUCAUUGCUCACAAACCGGAUGUUAAACGUACACGUAUUCGUCUUCCUUCUGGAGCCAAGAAAGUUGUUCCUUCUGCGAAUCGUGCGAUGAUUGGUAUUGUUGCUGGUGGUGGUCGUACAGACAAACCUUUAUUAAAGGCUGGACGUUCUUAUCACAAAUAUAAAGCAAAACGUAAUUCCUGGCCAAAAGUUCGUGGUGUUGCAAUGAAUCCAGUUGAGCAUCCACACGGAGGUGGAAACCAUCAACAUAUUGGACAUCCAUCAACGGUGAAGAGAGGUACGAGUGCUGGACGUAAAGUUGGAUUAAUUGCUGCUCGUCGAACUGGACGUAUUCGUGGAGGUAAACCCGAGAAAAGAGGUAAAGACGAAGCAAUGUAG